CCGCAGUCGGCAAGGAAAGUAAAGCCAAAGUGGAAUUAAAGACAAUGGCGAGCAAGAGCAGUGUCUGGUUUACUUUUGGCUCACUCAUACUCAUUGUCAUUGCACUGUGCCCACCGCUUUCAUCGGCUCAGAACAGCGAACUGAAGAGCAACUACUAUGCAGCAUCUUGCCCAAGAGCAGAGGAUAUUGUGAAAGAGCAAGUCUAUAAUCUGUAUCAAGAACAUGGCAAUACUGCUGUUUCCUGGCUCAGAGCUAUUUUCCAUGAUUGCAUGGUCGAGUCUUGUGAUGCUUCGGUGCUGCUGGAUACGAGUGGCAGUGUGGUGUCUGAAAAGCCAUCCGACAGAAACUUUGGAAUGAGGAAUUUCAAGUAUGUGAAUACAAUCAAGAGUGCACUUGAAAAGGAGUGCCCUGGAGUUGUCUCCUGUGCUGACAUUAUUGCUCUUUCUGCCAGAGAUGGAGCCGUCAUGUUAGGAGGGCCUCGUGUAGAAUUGAAAACAGGGAGGAGAGACAGCAAGAAGAGCAGCGCAGCAGUGGUGGACAAAUACAUUCCACUCCAUAAUGACAGUGUCUCAAUUGUUCUAUCAAGAUUUGCUGCCAUGGGCAUUGAUGCAGAAGGAGUUGUUGCUCUUUUAGGGGCACACACAGUUGGAAGAACACACUGUGGGAACCUGGUACACAGGCUGUACCCCAAAGUGGACCCAACUCUGAAUCCAGAAUACGCUGUUUAUUUGAAAGGUCGCUGCCCAACAACAAAUCCAGACCCUGAAGCAGUCGUCUAUGCACGUAAUGAUCGUGGAACGCCCAUGAAGUUUGAUAACAGUUACUACAAAAAUCUGAUGAAGAAUAAGGGGCUUCUGGUGGUGGAUCAGCAGCUGCUCUUGGAUCCCAGAACUUCCCCUUAUGUGGAAAAGAUGGCCCAAGACAACCAAUACUUCUUCUCCCAAUUCUCCAGAGCACUUACCAUUCUCUCUGAGAACAAUCCUCUCACAGGGAAUAAUGGGGAAAUCAGAAAGGAUUGCCGUUUUGUCAAUACCUAAAUCACCCCGUUUCGAGUGCUUUGAACAGCUAUAUAGUGUAUGGGUAAUGGUUUCGAUGUGUGGAAGAAAAUAAUUCUGUGAUUUGGAAGAUUGUGGAUCCCCCUGUUUACUAUGGAAUUUUACUGUAUGUUGAUUUGUAUGUCUACUAUUAAUUGUAACGUUUGUCCAGCAAUAAUCAAUCAUUGAGAUAAAUAAUUCUGUGA